AUGGGUUCAUCUACCCGAUUAACGCACACGGCUCUCUUGAGCGUAUUGGUGAGUGUGACGGCCGUCGUGUCCGGUCGGAGCACCCGCACGGCUGAUCAAGUUUCCGAGGCUGACCUCCAGCGGCUGCUGCACGGUGUGAUGGAACAGCUAGGCAUCGCUCGCCCAAGGGUGGAAUAUCCAUCUCACCAGGCCACCAACAUAGUGGGUCCUCUGAACAUCCAAGGGGGUGCUCAUGAGGGACUUCAGCACCUGGGACCAUAUGGUAACAUCCCCAACAUUGUGGCAGAGUUAACUGGUGACAACAUCCCCAAAGACUUCAGUGAGGACCAUGGCUACCCUGACCCACCCAACCCCUGUCCUUUAGGAAAGACAGCUGCAGAGGGAUGCCUGGAGAAUGCUCCAGACACAGCAGAGUUCAGCCGUGAAUUCCAGAAACAUCAGCACCUCUUUGACCCAGAGCAUGACUACCCCACACUGGCCAAGUGGAAUAAGGAGCUGUUGUAUGAAAAGCUGAAGGGUGGACCAAAGAGAAGGAAAAGGAGUACCAAUCCAUAUCUGAUGGGACAGCGACUAGACAAUGUUGUCGCCAAAAAAUCGGUGCCACAUUUCUCUGAGGAAGAGACCACUGCUGCCAGCAGCAUCAAGACCUGA